GCGAGGAGCGGCGGCGGCGGCGCGGGGCGGGCCGGGCCAGGUGCUGCGGGGCGGGGGAAGCGCCCGGGCACCCUGCGCCGAGCGGCAGCGGGAGGAGGAACGGCAGCAGCAGGAGGAGGAGGAGGAGGAGGUGGAGGAGGAGGAGGCCGGGCCGCCAUGCGCCGUGCCGCGGGCCGGGCUCGCCAUCCUGCGGCGUAGCGGCGGGACGCGGCUCGGCUCCCCGCCCGUGAUGUCCCCCGGGCGGCGGGGGAAGGCGACUGACGCGAGGGCUGCGGCAGAGGCCUAGUGCCCGCAGCGGGCAGCGCCGCGCCGCCACCCCGCCCGCCCGGCCCGGCCCCCCCCGGCCCCCGCCGCCGCCGCCUCGCCCCCAUGGCGGAGGAGCAGCAGGCGGAGGGGCAGCCCCCGCGGCGGCCGCCCGGCACCCCCGCGCCCCCCGGGGCCCUGCCGGCCCUGGUGCCCGGGCUGCAGGGCGGCGAGGCCAGCGCGCUGCAGCACAAGAUCCGCAGCUCCAUCUGCAAAACUGUACAAUCUAAAGUGGACUGCAUUUUGCAAGAAGUUGAGAAGUUUACAGACCUAGAGAAACUCUACCUCUACCUUCAGCUGCCUUCGGGUCCCAACAAUGGAGACAAAAGUGAUCAGAUCUCCAUGUCAUCCAGCCGUGCACAGCAGAUGCAUGCCUUCUCUUGGAUACGGAAUACCUUGGAAGAGCACCCUGAGACAUCCCUUCCCAAACAGGAGGUUUAUGAUGAAUACAAGAGCUAUUGUGACAAUCUUGGCUAUCACCCAUUAAGUGCUGCUGACUUCGGAAAGAUCAUGAAAAAUGUCUUUCCGAAUAUGAAGGCCCGUCGUCUAGGCACAAGAGGCAAAUCAAAAUAUUGCUACAGUGGACUGAGGAAGAAGGCUUUUGUUCAUAUGCCAACACUGCCCAACCUUGACUUUCAUAAAACUGGAGAUGGGUUGGAUGGGACAGAGCCGUCUGGGCAGCUACAAAGUGCCGAUGAGGAAGUUGUCUCUGCGGCCUGCCGGCUUGUUUGCGAAUGGGCCCAGAAAGUGCUAAGCCAGCCUUUUGAUACAGUCCUGGAAUUGGCUCGUUUCCUUGUAAAAAGUCACUACAUCGGCACCAAGUCAAUGGCAGCUUUAACAGUAAUGGCAGGGGCACCAGCAGGAAUAAAAGGGAUCCCCCAGCCCUCAGCUUUUAUGCCUACUGCUGAAAGCAAUUCCUUUCAACCACAAGUGAAAACUCUGUCAUCUCCUGUUGAUGCCAAGCAGCAGCUGCAGCGUAAGAUCCAGAAGAAGCAGCAAGAACAGAAACUGCAGUCUCCUUUGCCAGGAGAGUCUCCAGCAAAGAAAACGGAAGGCACUGCAACCAAUGGUGUGACGAGUAUAUCUAAUGGAAGCCCUGCAAUUCUGUCUCCUCAGCCCAUUGGUAUUGUUGUGGCAGCUGUCCCCAGCCCGAUACCGGUGCCAAGGACCAGGCAGUUGGUGACAUCUCCAAGUCCUAUGGGAUCGUCAGACAGCAAGGUCCUGCCGCUCAACGUUCAGGUGGUCACUCAGCACAUGCAAUCAGUCAAGCAGUCACCAAAGACUCCCCAGAAUGUUCCUGCCAGCCCAGUUGGUGACCGCUCUGCCCGACAUCGCUACCCGCAGAUCUUACCGAAGCCAGCAAAUACCAGUGCUCUCACCAUCCGCUCUCCCACAACGGUGCUUUUUACCAGUAGCCCAAUCAAGACUGUUGUGCCAGCUCCACAUGUGAAUUCCUUAAAUGUGGUAAAAAUGACAGCAAUAUCUCUCGCCCCAAGCAGCGGUAGUGUGCCUGUCAAACAGACACCUUCAGUUAAUAGCACUGCGGGAGCAGUGGAAGAGGGGAGAGCUGCUCCACAGAUGAAAAAUGGAUCUCUUGUCUCACUUCAGUCCCCAGGAUCCAAACCUAGCACUGUUGUAGCUGCAUCUGCAGUUGAGAUCAAAAUGGAACCAGAAGCACUGCUGGAUGAGAACCCAGUACAGGGCCAAGAGAGCUCUGAGGUAUCUAAAUCUAUAAAGGCAGCCCCUGGCCUGCCUCCUGCUCAACAAAUAAAUUUUGAGGUCACAACCUUGAAGGUUUCAGCUGAUGGUGUUGUGGAGGCAAAAACAGUUAAGGGCUGCGAUCAGGGAGCUGAAGAAGCAGGGACCAAAUAUAAAACCCAGUCUAAUGAGAUGACACCGGUUUCUUCAGCAGGCAAUAAUCAAAGCACUCUAAAGCUCUCAGUUGCCAGCACCAGCAUUGGUUCACCUCCUACUGGUGAGUCUACGAUUAAAGACAAAGUAUGCACUAAAAGUCCAAGAAAGCGACAACCUUCUACACUUCAAGAUUCCCAGGUACCACCUGUAAAGAAACCACUGGUGGGGCAGCUUUCAGCUGGUAAUGCUGUGGAGGGUCAAAAAGCAAACAGCGUUAAGAAGGCCCCAAAGGUUGUAUCGUUAGCUAGCGGUGACAAUACUGCAACACUUGCUCAAGUUCCCAGCAAGGUACCUGUAGAUGUACCCGUACCUUCCACAGCGCCAGCAAACGUAGCGACAGACUGUUCCUUGAGCACCAAUUUAAAUACCAGUGAUCCUACUCUAGGACAGCAGCUUGCAUCAGCAUCAUCUCCAGAUAUAAAAGUGAAAUUGGAAGGAAACAUGUUUAUCAUAGAAAAUGAUUCAAAAUCUGAUGGCAGCUUUAACCCGAAUGCGUGGCACCAUAUCACCAAAACCUCUGACUUUGCAUCUGUGAAUUGUGACCAGCAGCAGGAUAUCAGUGUUAUGACUAUCGCAGGACAUUCUGGCUCUAGUGACUUACAGGAGUCUGCGUGGGAGCCAGUGCACUGUGAGGGCAUGCAGCAGGAUGUGUACAACCAGCAGCUACAGAGCCAGCUCCAGGACUCCUCCUUGGGUCAAAUACAAGCACAGUCUUCGAAUCAGUUACCUCUGCAGUCCGAGUUGAAAGAGUUUGAACAUACAGUCCCCCAGUCGAAUGAGAACUUCUUCUCAUUUGAUGAUGACCUUACCCAGGACAGCAUUGUGGAGGAGCUGGUGCUCAUGGAGGAGCAGAUGUCAAUGAAUAAUCCUCAUCCUUACGGGGGUUGUCUAGGAAUGGCACUUCAGAGCCAGACAGCAGCUCAAGGAGCUCCUGUGUCAUCUCAUCCCAGCAGCACACACUUCUACCACUCAAUCCAUAACAACAGCACUCCGAUCCACACUCCUACUCCUACCCCCACCCCAACUCCCACUCCCACCCCGACUCCGACCCCCACCUCAGAAAUGAUCUCUGGAUCUCAAAACGUGUCACGAGAGAGCCCUUGCUCCAGGCUGGCUCAGACGACUCCCGUAGACAGCGCCCUGGGAAGCAGCCGGCACACGCCCAUAGGCACGCCGCAUUCCAACUGCAGCAGCAGCGUCCCUCCGAGUCCUGUGGAGUGCCGAAACCCGUUUGCGUUUACUCCCAUAAGCUCCAGCAUGGCUUACCACGAUGCCAGCAUUGUUUCCAGUAGCCCCGUGAAGCCGAUGCAGCGGCCUAUGGCUACCCACCCGGACAAAACCAAACUCGAGUGGAUGAAUAACGGGUACGGUGGCGUCACCAAUUCAUCAGUUGCAAACCACGGCAUCCUUACGAGCUACCAGGAGCUGGUGGAGGAUCGCUUCAGGAAACCUCACGCGUUUGCAGUUCCUGGCCAGUCGUACCAGUCUCAGCCACGCCACCACGAUACUCACUUUGGUCGCGUGACUCCCGUUUCACCUGUGCAGCACCAGGCAGCCCCUGUAAGUAACACUACCAAGCAAGAGGGUUUUGCUGUUCCCGCUCCUCUGGACAACAAAGGAGCCAGUUCCACUCUCAAUAACAGUCUGAGAUGCCGGAGCGUGAGCCCCGCUGUCCAUCGCCAGCGUAAUCUCAGUGGAAGCACGGUUUACCCUGUUUCAAAUAUACCACGCUCCAACGUGACGCCUUUUGGGAGCCCGGUGACUCCAGAAGUUCACAAUGUCUUUACGAAUAUCCAUGCAGACACCAGUGCCAAUAACAUAGCGCAGAGAAGCCAGUCGGUCCCGUUGACUGUAAUGAUGCAGACAGCCUUCCCGUCUCUUCAGAAACAAACAAACACUAAAAAAAUAACCAACGUGUUGUUAAGCAAACUUGAUUCUGAUAGCGAUGAUGCAGUGAGAGGUUUGGGAAUGAACAACAUGCCCUCAAAUUACACGGCCAGGAUGAAUCUCACUCAGAUUUUAGAAACAUCCACUGCUUUUCCUAGUGCCAACCCGCAAAAUAUGAUUAAUUCCAGCACUUCAGUUUAUGAAUUCCAAACACCAAAUUACCUCACAAAAAACAGCAGCACCGAUCAGAUCAGUUUCUCUUCUGGAGAUAACCAAGCACAAUCAGACAUCGGAGAGCAGCAAUUAGAUUUUAGCAGCACUGUAAAAGACCUUUUAGGGGAGGACAGUCUGCCAACAAACCAGCAGCUGGUGAAUCAGGUGGCAUCAGAUCUGAACGUUACAUCUGUCUUUUCCAGCGACAUCAGGUUGUCUUCCGAACUCUCAGGCAGCAUUAACGAUCUGAACACUUUAGACACAAAUCUACUGUUCGAUCCAGGUCGUCAGCAGGGACAAGAUGAUGAUGCUACACUGGAGGAAUUAAAAAAUGACCCCUUGUUUCAACAAAUCUGCAAUGAAUCCAUUAACUCAAUGACUUCAGGUUUUGAGUGGAUGGAGAGCAAGGAUCAUCCUGCUGUUGAAAUGUUGGGUUAAUCUUGUUUUAUAAUAUGUAUGUAGCACACUGUAUCUGAAAGACAGACGUAUUGUAUUUGUCUUAAUGGAAGUGCCUCCUGCAGCAGAAACACUUGCUAUGUUUUGUGGCAUUUAAAAAAAAAAGUUUGCUGUAACAGUUGCUCAUACUUGAGCAAUGAAAAGGCAGUCUUACCAAUUUUAAACAAAUCUCUGAAGGUGAUGGGCUAUCAAAGAGCCAGUAUUAAAAUUUGAAUUUUAUAGUGUUUCCCAUUCAACAUUUAUUAUUGUAGUAAAUAAAGAAGUGGUGAAUAGCCAGCCAGCAGUGACAGCAAUGGUUGAGGCUUUGGGUGGGUGUUAAGUCGAGCUUGUUAGCAGGCUUUCCAUACUCUGCAUUGCUUGUUACUUCUGGUAGAUGAUCCUUACUGACCUCUGUUGGUGAGGUCUGAAAGGCAGGGUGCCUGCAGGUGUGUAGGUGAUGGGGAGUGGGUAGAGGUGGAGCAGGUGACAUGCAGGUGCCUGACCAUUGCGUAGCCAUCUUGAGUACUGCUCGGUGGUGAGCUGUGGAAAAUUUCCGUAGCACUGGUGCCAUUUACAUCUCUAGUAAGAUGCAGAGACAGGAAAACUAACAGGAAUGAUCAAGGAAAAAAGAAAGAUGCACUAAACUUUUUAUUUAAGAGAUACAGAUCUAUGUAGUUAUUUUAUCCAUUAAUGUUCCUGACGUUAUACUUGGUAUUUUAGUUUUCAUUUCAGUGUUUUUAUAUUACGUAAAAUUCAUGGGAAAAGAUUUUGAGCAUUGAGAUGUAAUCUAGGAGUAACACCCUAUUUUAAAAUGAUAGGUACUAUUUGAUUAUUUAUCAGAGCUAAAGAAGUAAUGUGAUGUUUUUCCCUCUUUUUAAAAACAAAAGAGCUGUUGGAGCUCAUUAAAAUACUAUUUUUAAAGAUUCGAUUUUAAAUUUGCUCUUUUUUAACGUAGUGGAGGGUGUAGGAAGAUGUUAUUUUCUCUAUGUUUCAGUAGGUUGAGCCUUUCUUUCUGUUUUAAACAAAAUACGACUAAAAUAUUAGAAAAUGUGGUUGAUCUAAAAAUACUUCAUAUAGAGCCAUAAUACUGCCAGGCACUUUACAGAUACACAGUCAGAUGUGAUCUUUCUUUGGGUAAAACUUUUUAAAGUGCUUACUGUUUUAGAAGUCUGAAUUCCAUUUUCAUUGAAUGAUUUGGGAGGACAGAUGAAUCUAAUUUUUGCUAAUACUCCUUAGCUAGAAAAUGGGAUUUAGACUUCUACCUUACUAGUUCCCUUAACGAAACAAAAAAGACCUGUUGUUUUAUCAGCAUGGGAUGGUUUUCCCUAAUGAUGAAAAGAGACUUUAACUAGUCCGUGACCCUGUUGUUAGAAAGAGGACUUGCAGGGGCAAGCUUUUACAAAAGAACUGUACUAAGGAUGCUACAGUACCGUCCCUUAGGCUCAGUAUAAAAUCGAUUAUUUAUCUUGUGAACUGAUAUGUACAAAACUGAACGCAGAACUGAAAACAUUUUCCUCUCUUGCAUUCCUUCUUUGAAUGAGCUGUCAUGAAUUUAUGAAUAGGAAGGCACAGUAAGCCCUCCUAGAUUUAUUGAGGAAGAGAUGAUCACGCUUUUAGGUGAUUUUUUUUCCCCUCCUUCUUGAGAUUCUGGUAAUGUCUUGAUCUCAGGACUGGAUUUUUUUAUUUUUUGGCUGUGCUUGAUUCAAAUUGUGAUGUUGCAUUGGCACUCCAGAUGUACCAUGGCUUCUUUUGCUCUUGCUCUGAUUGACACCCAGUCUGUGGCCUCUUCUUCAGGGACGAGCAGUUGCGAUAAGCUAUAGCACCUUACAUGCGGCCUGAUUUCACUGUGCUUGCAUCAGAAGUUUUGACGCUUCAUUAGGAACAGACUUGGAGAGUUCAGAUCCUUCCUUAAAAUGUGGAUGUGCGAUGGUGCGGUUUACUUUCAGACCAAGUGACCCUUUUAAUUUUUUUUAAGGAAGUGGGACUCCAAAAACCGCAGUGUAGAAUUCUGUUAGUUGUCUGUCAGUAAGGCUGGAACCGUUUUUCCUUUAGACAGAAGUUGCUGAAGGCAGGGCUUGAAUUCUCUACCUGCCUGUGGCCUUUAGCCAGAAAGGUGCUGACCAUCCGCUUGUUGACUUCACUGGAUCUGAGACACAUCCAGCACCUCCCUUUUCUGACCCUGUGCAAAGUGCUGUGAAUACAUAAACCCUACCUGCCAGGGGAGAGUGGUGGGCAGGACAGGACGUCUGUGCUGCAGCCAUCUGCGUCUGCGUGCUGUGCUGGCCUCACCUCCACGGCGCUGGCACUGAGACCGACGCGGGCUUGGUGUAAACAAGUUUUUGCCUAACUUCUGGUUCUUCAGAACAUUUCUCAGUAAAGCAAGAGUAGAUUUAAAAAGCUGAUGCACUCUAAAUUAUGCAGCCGUCACCAAAGGUUUUUAAAAGUACCUUUUAAAUUAUUUUUAAAUACAAACAUUAUAUUGAAGCUAACACGUGACUUAAUUAGCAGGUAUAUUCUAUAAUCAGUGGAUUUAAAGCAAAUGUAUAUUAAAUUUAAGAAACGUUCAAUUCAGUAAGGAUUCUUUCAAGUGAAACCCAAGGCAUAGGCACAGCUUUGUACAUAGGUGUGUGUUAAUUUAUAGGUGUUUGUAUGUUGGUGUUACAACUAAUAUUCUGUUAGGUCCCUAUACUUAGUGCUAGUUAGUUCUUUACAUUGAGACAGAGCACUACUGCACACCAAAGUAUGCAAUACCCAAAGGAAAAUUCUCUGAUUUUUAACAAACGGAAGCCUGUGUCAGAUACUCCAAAACUAAGAAUUUGAGACAGUUCUGACCCCUUGUUUACAUAAUUGGCUUCCUAAUAACAUUAGAAAUGAAUUAUUUUGCUAGCAAUUUUUGCUAAAGUAUAUGAACUAGUGAAUUUGUACCCUGUGUACUGUAUUGCAGCAAACACUUUAAAUUUGGUUGGUUAGUCCAGCAAACUUUCUGGGUUCAUAUAUUGCACUAAAAUUCUGUUGAACCUGUGGCAGGCACAUUCCUUAGGAUAAAUGCAACAAAUACAGCCCACAGAUUAAAAAUAAUAAUAAUAAAAUAACAAAAAACACAAAACAAAAAAAAAAACACACUCAAAAAAUUUAAAAAAUAAAACAAAAAAAAAACUUUCUAAUGUGUUUCAUUAUUAAAAGGCAAAAUGUCAUUAAAAGUGACAGGUGAAAUUGUCUUAUGUAGCAAUGUGCAUUGAUCUCAAUGAGAUGUCUAUUUCUUAUUCUCUUACAUGAGAAUAUUACAGCAGGAAAAAUUAAGUUUAGUUUGCUUCACCAUGUUAAUACAUGAUCACAAAAUGUGCAUGAGUGUUAAUGACUUAAUCUUGUACAGUACUAGAUAUAUUCCUGUAACCACUUUUAUUUUUUUUAUUUUGCUGUAUUGAAACUGGUUAACCAGUGUUAACCAUGUGAGCAUAGUUAUUCACAAGUUAUUUACUUUUUUAUGUUAACUAAUUCAGCUUAGUUAUUGUUGAAUAUGUUCUUUUCUUGGAUUAUUUUUUAUUGUUCGGGUGUUGAGAAACAUUUUUGCAUCAUUUUAUCAUGAUAAGAAUUCAUGAAGUAAAUAAUUUGCAAAUAAUUGCAAUAAGCACUGACUUCUGAACUGAAAAGAAGGAAAGCAUUUCUUGUGCAGUGCAUCUGACGUUCAUAUAAUAGUCUUGUACUAUACUGUGCUUUAUUUACUGCACCAUAAAGGAAGAAAAAUCCCUGUUCCAUGUUUUCAUUUAAUGCAGGAAAUCCAGUUUUCCCCCUCUUCCCCAGUGUUUUGUUGUCUGUUGUACUGCUGAAACUACAGUAGUUGAAUAUUGCAGUAGCAUUUCAGUUAUUUUUUUUAUUGAAAGUGCUCAAAAAUUGUUUUUUAAAUGUUUUCAAAAACAAUAAAAACAUUUUAUAUUAAAA